AUGGUGUUGGCUGCCUUCUGCCAGUUGAGGAUGGACAAGUUGGGAAUAGAGAACUCAAUGGUUUCAAGUUUUGCAACACAUUUAACUCCAGUUGUGGUAGAGUACCCUGCACUGAUGACUCAGUCAAGGUUGACUGGCUCUCCACCCAAAAUGUUCGUCCAUUUGAGCUUUGGGAACUUGGGUGCUUGCAUAAUGGUUGCAAGUGAUUCUCUUGCAUAUUGGAGAUUCUUCGUGUAUUCACAUAGGAGCUCAAUAGUAUGUUUAGCAUCGGGAUGGGAGACAAAUUGCUUGUCGAGAAAACUGUUUGCAGUCCAAGCAUACUUUGACAGGUGGUGUUUCUCCUGUGACGUCCCCAACACUGUUUCGACUGUUGUCUUCAUCAUUUCUUUCAUCACCCUUCUCCUGAUUCUCGGAAGUAGGCUGCUCCAACUUUCCAAUGUAACUGGUGAAGACUCUUUCAUGUUCAUCAUGGGGCAUGGUACUGUCGGCACCAUUGAGGAGUCUCCUGAGUUGCAAGACUGCUUGUCAAUAUGGGAUACCUCCCCAAUUAUGGUGUUCAACCACCUCAAAACACUUGCAUUGGAAUCUGGAGGGAGCAGGAGAGUGCACUCUCCAGCCCCUGGCCAGACUGUCAGGUUACAUCACCCCCUGUCGGUCACCUGCUUAGUCAGCAAAUACAACACAGUAUAUGAGCAGCACAUCCUCACUGGUCGGCACAUGGGUCAAGCAAAGGGUGUAGCACGAGUUGUGAACCCGUGCACCCAACAUGACAGGUUCAUACCUUGCUAUGGCCCGCUCUGA